AUCCUUUUUCUUAUUAUAUGAUUGAUUUAGACUGUUGAAGGUCGGUCGUACUUUUCAACACUCAUUCACCACUAUUUAGAUCGAUGAUCUCCACAAUUUCAUCAUCCUGUUAGCUCCUUUUCAACAAACUCCCAAAAUCUCAAGAAACAGAUAGCUAAAAUUCAGUUUCGUUUAUUGAUGUACAAUGCAAAGAUCACGUAAAGCUCUUCUUACUAGAAGAGCAUUGUGGAAGACUAAUAGGACAAACUUCUUUUAUAAGGCGUCCUUGCCACCUGUCGUCUUUAUGUGGGGACUUCUCUUCCUUCUAUAUAUACGGAUUGGCCAUGAUGAUGGUUACAGAGAUGGUCUGAUAGAUCUUCCAAAAGAUUCCUACACUUAUCAGACAGAAACCAAAUCCGGGACUAUCCAAAACCAUGCUUUCAUUAACAAAACACAACAAAUUCAUUUCUCAUUCUCUACUGAGGAACUAAAAGAGAUAAAAACUGAAAGAUUUUUAGUACAAGAUCUCGAUGAAUUCAAGAACAAGGCUUUUGGUGGUGCAAAAAUUCAUCCAUCAAACCCUAAUCCAGAAAACAUAAUUCACCGGCUUGAACCUAGUGGUGCGAAAUACAACUAUGCCUCAUCAUCAAAGGGUGCAAAGGUCUUGGCUCAUAACAAGGAAGCCAAGGGUGCACCCAACAUCUUAAACACAGACCAAAAUCAGUACCUUCGAAACCCAUGUUCAUCUGAGGACAAGUUUGUCAUUUUAGAAUUAUCAGAAGAAACCCUAAUUGAUACUAUCGAAAUCGCUAAUUUUGAACACCAUUCAUCGAAUCUAAAGGGGUUCGAGGUGUUUGGGAGUUCAGUAUAUCCUACCGAAUCUUGGGUAAAACUCGGAAUUUAUACCGCAGUAAAUGUGAAAAACUCACAAAGAUUUGUUCUCCGUGAUUCGAAGUGGGUGCGGUAUGUAAAGUUGAAUCUACAGAGUCAUUAUGGAACGGGGUUUUAUUGUACGUUGAGUGCUCUUCGGGUUUAUGGUGUGGAUGCAGUUGAAAUGAUGCUUGAGGAUUUGGUUUUUGCACGAAAUAAUGAGGUUUUGUCCAACGAACACGAAAGUGAUGGAAAACCAGAGGCGGAAGAUGAACUGUGGUUAGAGGAAAGGGCUAAUGUGCCUGACCCGCAUGUGGGAAGGUUGCCCGGGGACAGUGUUCUUAGGUUAUUGAUGCAAAAAGUUCGAUUGUUGGAUAUAAAUUUAGAGGUUUUGGAGAGGUUUUUAGAUGAAUUGAACUCGAGAUAUGGUUAUUUUUUUAAAGAAAUAGAUGCCGAAAUUGGAGAAAGAGACGUUGUGGUGGAAAAAGUACGCAAGGAUUUGAGAGAUUUGCAUGAGAGCAAGGAUGUUGUGAAAGAACAUGUGGAAGAGCUGGAAUCAUGGAAAUCUCUUGUGUCCAUUCAACUGGAUAUCAUGACGAUGGACAAUGCCUUCCUCAGAUCGGAGGUUGCAAAGUUGAGAGUGAAUCAAGAACGUAUGGAAGAUACAGGAGUUGUUAUAUUUUUGGUGUCUUUGACAUUUGGAUUGUUUGCUAUAGCUAAUCUAUUUCUCAAUAAACUUUUGUUUAUUUAUUAUAGAGAUGACAAAAGUCAAAAAACUAUAGUUGAAUUCGGCUAAGGGACCAAUCUUCGGGUUUUGUCCUAUUGAGUUUUACUACUAUAUAUCUUCAUAAUCACCUCGUUUUGAGGAUCACAUGUAUAUAUAUGCUAUAGCCAGUUUUGGUAAAAAAAAAAAUUUUGUCAUA